UAUAUGUAUCUAUGUAUGUAUUAUAACGAAAACGAUGGCAAAAGUGACUCAGUAAUUGCUGUGCCGGACUUUUGUCUGGGCUUGUGUCUUGGCGCUCUAGGCACUUCUGGUUUGCAGAUAUUGACCUUGGUAUUGGUAUUGGUUUUUUUUCUUUUUUUUGGUAAUAUUAGCAAGUCACUUCACUUGUGUUUCCAAUCCCCAAUUUUUGCAGUUGUUUGCGUCACCGUCACCGGCUUCUGUCAUUGCAUCCGCAUCAAGGACUGUCUGCCCUUUGUCCGACUUCUGCUCAAUCACAGGUCGGAGGAUCGCGUUGCCGUCUUCUCUAGGGUGCAUUCAGCUGGCUGUGGCUUUCAAGAAAUCGAUCCGCUUGUCUGUUGUCCACAGCAUCAUGAGUCAUCGCUACAUAGUAAUCGCAUUAUUCGCUUUGCCCCGCCUAGAGAUCGUUGGGUCUGGGAUGCUCCAAUCAGCUCUAAGCCCGAUCCUGGGUUCAAUAGAUUCAUGGCAUAUGAGACGGAAAUGCUUUUGCACAAUUAUCGGGAUUUUGAAGCCCAACGUAAUUGUCCCCAACCCCUUGAUGAUGAUUAUGAUGAACAUAAUUUUGGCUAUGAUAAUGCCAAUCACUAUGAGUAUAAAAUUGACCAUGAUGAGCAGCCAAGAAGUCACACACCGCGUCCUGCGCCCAAGGAUAGACCAAUUGUGUUUCCUGGAGACCUGCGAUUUCACAAGUCCAUAGAAAACAAGGGUGAAGGAGAGCUUACGGCCGCUGCAAGCCAGGAGCAAGUAGUACGAGAUAUGGGAAUCCCCAUCAUGGUUACGCCCAUAUCCACGGGUACGCCCCCACCCUUUUCGAACCCCACAUUCACACUGGCAUCUCGCAUUAAUUCACCUGAUUGUGGAAUCAGCCUGACCACACGCAUUCUGGGUGGAGAAGAUGCUCAACCUGGACAGUAUCCAUGGCUGGCAAGGAUCGCAUAUCGCAAUAAAACAAAUGGUCGCAUCAGUUAUCGCUGCUCUGGAUCUUUGAUUUCCAAUAACUAUAUUGUAACUGCCGCACAUUGUGUUGUCAAUUUGGUCACCGAUCUGGAGCUAUUCCAGGUACGCAUAGGCGAUGAUAGCCCCGGUGCAAGAGACUGUGCUGCAAGUGCUGGCAAUUGCAGUACCCCGAAUUUAUUUGGCAUUAACCGAGUGCUGGUGCAUCCCAACUAUGAUCAACCAAAGUAUGCCAAUGAUAUUGCGCUUCUGAAUCUUAAUAAUAAUCUAGCCAAUUUCACGUCAAUAUGCUUACCUUUAAAUAGUACAUCGGCACUUGCGAAUCGACUUAUUGGUCAAAUGGGAGUCGUUGCGGGCUGGAGUACAACUUCGGAAAAUAACAUUUCAGCCAACUCUUCCAGCUCAACAUCGGUGAGAUUUAUCAGAUUGCCCAUAGUUAAUACCACGACUUGUGCCAUUACCUAUGCCAGUCUUAGCGAGAACUUUCAACAACCGAUUGUCAUCACGCCGAAUCAUUUGUGUGCUCAAGGACAACCGAUGAAUGAUGUUUGCCGUGGGGACAGUGGAGGACCCUUCAUGGAUGAUGGCAUGUCGGGACUUCUCAAUGCUGAUGGACGCUAUACGCUGCUAGGGAUUGUGGCAUUUGGGCCAACACUCUGCGGCGUUACGACUGUUCCGGGUGUUUAUACGGCCGUCAGUUCUUUCAUGACAUGGAUUUCUGAUAGCAUCCGUAAUAAUACUGCAAUCCCAAUGGUCAAUACAUUAAUUGCGGUCUGUGCUUUCCUUGGAGUUUGUGUAAAUGUGACAAGAGCGCAAUUUUAUUUCCCCAAUGAGGCGAAUCAGGUGCCGAACUAUGGACGCUGCAUAACCCCGAAUAGGGAACGUGCCCUGUGCAUUCAUCUAGAGGAUUGCAAGUAUUUAUAUGGUAUAUUGACAACAUCCCCAUUGAAGAACUCGGACAAGCUGUAUUUAAGUCGCAGUCAAUGUGGCUAUGUUAAUGGCAGAGUUUUGAUAUGCUGUCCGGAUCGAUAUCGGGAUAGCUCACCGGUGACAACAGUGAAGCCACCUGCAAAUAAUACGCAUAUGAAUUUGUUACCGUUGCCGGGACAGUGCGGAAAUAUUCUGUCGAAUCGCAUUUAUGGCGGAGUUAAGACCAAAAUCGAUGAGUUUCCCUGGAUGGCACUGGUGGAGUAUACCAAAGGCUCUGGAAACAAAGGUCAUCACUGCGGGGGUUCACUGAUCAGCACUCGGUACGUGGUGACCGCAUCACACUGUGUCAAUGGUGCUGCCCUGCCCGCCGACUGGCGUCUCACCGGUGUCCGUUUGGGCGAAUGGGACACGACCACAGAUCCGGACUGUGAGGUGGAUGUGCGCGGCAUGAAGGAUUGUGCACCGCCGCACAUGGAUGUGCCGGUUGAGCGCACCAUACCACAUCCAUCAUACGUACCCAGUUCCAAGAACCAAGUCAACGAUAUCGCUCUGUUGCGCUUGGCACGCCAAAUCGAGUUUACGGACUUUGUGCGUCCCAUUUGCCUGCCUUUGGAUGCGAAUCUACGCUCGGCCACGUUCGAUGGCAUCUCCAUGGAUGUGGCAGGAUGGGGCAAGACGGAGGAGCUGUCGGCUAGUAAUCUUAAGCUCAAGGCUGCCGUGGAUGGCUUCACUCUGGAUGAAUGCCAAUCUGUGUAUAGUCGCCAGAGCAUUGUGCUGGAAAACACACAGAUGUGUGCCGGCGGCAUGGAAGGUGUGGACUCCUGUCGCGGUGACUCUGGUGGCCCACUUAUAGGACUGGACACAAACAAAGUGAACACAUACUACUUCUUGGCAGGUGUCGUUUCCUUUGGACCCACACCUUGUGGCCUUAACGGCUGGCCAGGUGUAUACAGUCGAGUUGGAGCUUAUGUGGACUGGAUAAAAGAAACUUUGCAGCCAUAA